AUGAUUACUCCAGAUGUGUCACUAGUGGUUUACCCAAUGAAGUAUAAGUCUGAAGUGUUGGAAAAAUUCAAGGAGUGGGAGGCAGCUGUGACAAACCAGGCAGAAUGCAAGAUUAAGACGCUUCGGACAGACAAUGAUGGUGAAUACACAUCCACCGAGUUCCAAGAUUUUCUAAAGAAGAAAGGAAUUGGCCAUGAGACUACAGUGCCACAUUCACCCCAGCAGAAUGGGGUAGCUGAGCGCAUGAACCGAACACUUCAAGAAGCAGCUCUCUCUAUGAUUCUGCAUGCUGGACUGUCCAAAGCUUUCUGGGCAGAAGCAGUUUGCAAUGCGGCCUAUGUAAGAAAUCGAGUCAUCACACGACUGCGAUUUGUCGGCUACAGGCUAUAUGAUGAAAAUCGACAAAGAAUCUUCAUUCGCAGAGAUAUAACCUUUAAUGAAACAGACUUUGGGUCUACAAAAGUUCAAAUGAAGUGCGACGAAGGCAGUACUGAAUGCGCUGAAGAAGAAAUGCAAUUAAAGGGCAAAGAUGUGAUAACCGUGGAUGAACAGCAAGAUCUCCCAACGGAUCCUCGACGCUCAGGACGAGAGAAAAUCCACCAAUGUACUACCACGACGAGUAUGCUACAAUCACUACAGCGAAAUAUGCAGCACUUUAUGUAGCUGAAAUCGAAGAGCCAGAAACGUUAAAGGACGCUCUUGACAGUGAAUAUGCAACACAGUGGAAAGCAGAUGCUGAAUACCAGUCUUUGUUAGAGAAUGAGACUUGGGAGUUAGUUGAACUGCCAGCUGGACAUAAGCCUAUCAGUUGCAAGUGGGUUUUCAAAGUCAAGCACAAUGAGACAGGAAAGGUAGAAAGAUUUAAAGGUCGUCUGGUAGCUAAAGGUUUCCUGCAAAAAUACGGAAUUGACUAUGAUGAAACAUUCUCUCCGGUGGUUCGUUUUUCGUCAAUCCCUGCUCUUCUGGCUUUUGGUGUUUCUCGACAAAUGUUCAUCCAUCAAAUGGAUGUAGUAACAGCAUUCCUAAACGGUACUUUGGACGAGGAAAUAUAUAUGCAACAGCCCAAAGGCUAUGUAGAACCAUGA